UUGCAUUUAACGGUGCUGACGAGCUGAGACGCUUUGAAUGCCUCUCGUCCUGACGCCGUGAUCCAACAGGGCGGACGUUGGACUUCUUUACCUUAUUUUUGUUUACACCUUCUUUUAACUACUCAGACGGACACCACCCGGCUCGUAUAGAGGAUGACGAGCUGGCAGCUGAGCGCCAAAGAGGAGAUGGUGGAGAAGUUUCUGGACGCCGCAUCCCGGGGAGACGCCGACCAGGUGUCCUCGCUGCUUUCUCACGCCCCGUCGCUCCUCAACCAGGCAGGACACAGCGGCUGGACGGCGCUGAUGCUCGCCGCUCGCAACGGCCAUCGGCAGGUGGCGGAAGCGCUCCUAUCGCACGGCUGCGACAAGUGGUCGGUGAACAGCUCGGGGCAGACCGCCUACGACAUCGCCGGCUUCUGGGGCCACAGGCACAUCGCCGCGCUGCUGGGCGGGGCCGAGCGAGGCGGGGACCUCGUCCCGCGGGAGAACUACUUCGGCCGGGAGACGCUGGACCGCCUCAGCGCCAAAAGGACCGACAGCCCCUGGCUGGAGGCGAAAAAGACGCACCCCGGCUCCGUCUUUCUCCUGUUCUCGGACCUCAGUCCCAUGGUCAGCGGCUCCCGGGAGGACGGCGCCCUGGAGCUGUGUCGCCUCGCCUACGACGCCGUCAAAGAUCUUCUCCAGAAGGACGACGUGCUGGUGGUGUUCCUGGGAGUAGACCGGAGCAAAGUGGCGCCCGGUGAGGACCCUCCCGCCUGGUUCGCCGUCAGCACGGAUGAGGACGCCGCCGCGCUCCUCCAGCGGUGUCCGGGCAGGAAGUGCUCCUUCCCAAAGUCCGCCCGCAGGGACCUGCUGGCGCUCAGCGAGGAAGAUGCCGGUGUGCUCGCUCCGGCCCGAUCGCUGCUGGCGUGGCACGCUCGGUACGGCUUCUGCGCCACCUGCGGGAGCGCCACCCAGGUGGAGGAGGGCGGGCACAAAAGGAGCUGCCGAAACGCCGCCUGCAAGAGCCUGCAGGGGGUCCACAACACCUGUUACCCCCGUGUUGACCCGGUGGUCAUCAUGCUGGUCGUGCAUCCUGACGGGAACCAGUGUCUGCUGGGCCGGAAGAACGUCUUCCCAAAGGGAAUGUUCUCCUGCCUGGCCGGAUUCGUAGAACCUGGCGAGACGCUGGAGGCGGCGGUGAGGCGGGAGGUGGAGGAGGAGAGCGGCGUGAAGGCGGGAGCGGUCCAGUACGUGGCGUGCCAGCCCUGGCCCAUGCCCUCGCAGCUCAUGAUCGGCUGCCUCGCCGUCGCCGUGACGACAGACAUCACCGUGGACCACAACGAGAUUGAGGACGCCCGAUGGUUCCCACGGCAACAGGUGAUAGAGGCUCUGCUCAGAGAAUCCAGCCAAGGACUGUUCCUCCCUCCCAAGCAGACCAUCGCCCACCAGCUCAUACGACACUGGAUCGGCACCAGCGCCAACCUUUGACCCUCCAGAACCAGACCUGCUUCUUUUUGGUUUUUCGCACAUCACAAACAUGAGUGCUUGCAGUUGCACCCGCUGCUCGUUGAGAAGUGCAACACAUGCUCUCGUCACUAGAUAUGUUGCACUUUUGAAAAAUAAUAUCUACAGUGCUAAAGUCUGCUACACCGGUUCUCCUGCUACCUCUUCUUAUGCUCUUGCAGACCAGGUGUGUUAUGUGUGCGGAAUUAACAGGAAGCACCACAAAUACGUACAGAGCUGUGGGAAACACUGGAAAGAUUUUUUUUUUUUUCAAAAUAAAGGUUCUCAUUUUUAUUGCUGUGAAAUUACCGCCAUGUCAUGUGACUGAACACAUUUCAUAAUAUGUAGACGGUAUGAAUGACAUGUAUGAUGGAAAGAGAUGAAUAAAUAUGACUCACCACUUCA